CCUGUGGAAAACAAUUUAAACAUGAAUAAAGUGCACGCACACCAUAACACAGCAGCUGUUGAUGAUGAUUCAGGAAGUAAAACGCCUCACCAUGAGAACGUCUCCUCCGCCAAGGAUCAAGGGAAUGGACUCGGCUUGGAUGUCAGUGGGAAGCCUGAGAAACAUCAAUACAUCAUCAUCAUUGCUGUCUUUACUAGCUGCGAUAAAAGCUGAGUCAAUAAUAACUAAGCUCACGAUAAGUACUAAUGUUUCUGGCAUCACAGCUGUGAUUGGAUGAUUGAACGGUUAUGUCAUUGUUGACUUUUUCACGCCCUAUUUUCCAUUACCAGUCGUUCUCAUCACGCUCGUAUCAGCAACCACCCAAUUAUUUCACACCCUCCCUGAUCACUGUCCAUUACUCCUAGCAUGUAUGUAUGUGGAGGCGGGGGCGUGGACGAGCGCCGAUUUGUGAACGGAGGGCGGAGCAGGAGAAGGCGAGUGGUAAGGAGGGCACACCUGUGGGGAAUUUGUACUAAUGAAUAUUCUCUGUGAGGCGAGGCUAAAAGAGGGAAAGGCACGUGCCUUGAGAAAGAAAAAAACCACGACGCCAAGAACAAGCGGAGUGUGUGUGGAUGUGUAUAUAGAUAUAGCUCAACUGUGAGACGAAACAAGUCCACUGAACCAAAAAGAAAAGCAAUAAAGCACCGGAGUGUUAAGCCUGCCUUGGUCUUCCUUCACCUUGCCCGUCUUUAAAGUUGUCACAAUGUAACUUUAACUACACUUCAUGUAGUUGUGUAGUGGUUGAUGUGCUUGUUGAACAUCAUUCCAGAUCUAGUCUCACUUUUUUCCCUUCAUUCUUCUGGGAAGGCUUUCCACUAGACUUUGGAGCGUGGCUGUGGGGAUUUGUGUUCACUCAGCUGCAAGAGCAUUAGUGAGGGUGAGGUUGAGGUCAGGCGCUGAUGUUGGGAUGGUGAGGAGGCGCCAGUUCCAGUUCAUCCCAAAGGCUUUCAGCUCAGGGCUCUGUACAGGACCUCGAGUCGAGUUCUUCCACUCCAACAUAUUACAUUACAGCACACAAACACAUUCCAUACAGUUGUGCGUUUCCAACUCACAUCUUUUCUUAUGUUUUGUUCGAAGAAUUCGAAAUAAUUUUUUUCCCUCGUAUGUGUUUCAAAUGCUCGAUUAAUACCAUGCUAGUUUUAAGAUCUAAAAGAUUAUCAAUCCGUAACAGCCUUAAACACAAGAUUGAAGCCCAAACGCACAUGAAGUGCAUGAGAUGGAGAAUAAUAGCCACGAUUACAUCCCACAUGUAAGCAGUAUGUUGUAUGUAGUGUAGAUAUAUAUGGAGGCAAUUAGGACACAGCCCCAAUGUGUGCAGUUGUGAUAGUUGUAUUAGUCUGCUUAAACUCACAGCCACUCCAUUUCUUCAACAGCCUGAGCGAUUUCAGGCAUCACGCCCAUUUCUACAGGAAUAAAUAAAGAAAAGGUUACACUCACAAACGUAAUACAACGGCGCAGAAACAUCAUGAUAACAACAAGAAAGCGUUCUUUACCAGAAAACGCAGCCAUGAUUGCCUACUCAAAUCAACCGGAAGUGACAUGCACGGCAAUUCAGUUUGACAAGGUGAUUGAAAAUAAGUGUCCGUGUACACCACACAACCGCUGAACAUUGGUUCCGAUGUGUUUUUUUUUUUUUUUUUUUUGUGGCUCGAUAGUAAGAUGUCUCCCUUUCAAAUGAAUAUUUGGGGAAUGAAAACACAUUUAGCACUCCACAUUUUUUUUACGUCCAUAAGCACAAACAAGUCUCGUUAGUAGUACAGGAGUGCACACUGAUUUGAUCUCGUGAGCUCGUCUGAGCCUCUCAGGCCGCCGUAGGUUGACGCAGGCGCGAGAGCGUCCUACUCUAAACAUGGCUGCGGAUUCUAUGUUGGGAGAUGAAGAAGAGAAUAUUUUGUAUGAUUUACUCAUUAACGCGGAAUGGCCGCCGGAAACAGACACUCAGGCACGAGGAUCAAAAGAGCGCAGUUCCUCUCUUCUCGCCAAGGCUGUAACAGGACCAUUCCGCUUUAUUCUGCACUACCUUUGGUACAGCCCCUCGAGUUCAUCUUUACCUCCUGGACUGGUGCGCCUGGCAGCAAAGCAGAUCAACUGGCAGCUGGUGCUAGCAAGUAAUGGGAAGCUCCUGGCUGUGGUUCAGGACCAGUGUGUGGAAAUUAGGUCAGCUCGAGACGACUUUGGAUCCGUCAUUGGGAAAUGUCAAGUGCCGAAGGACCCGUCUCCACAGUGGAAGAAGGUGGCGUGGAGUCAUGACUGCGCUUUGCUGGCGUAUGCUGAUAGCACUGGCACUGUGCGAGUCUUCGACCUGAUGGGCAGUGAACUCUUCGUCAUCCCGCCAGCUGUGAGUUUUCCUGGAGAUUUCAGCUACGCUGCCGCUGGCUUGAUCUUCCUGGAAUACACAGCUAGUGCUCAGUGGUCCGCAGAGCUGCUUGUGAUCACCUACAGUGGCCAGCUCAAGAGCUAUCUGGUCAGUACCGGAACCAACCAGGGCUUCCAGGAAAGUCACACCUUCAGUUUCUCCACCCACUAUUGCAGUGGCGUCACGGCGGCCAUCUAUCAUCCGGGCCACAGAUUGCUGCUGGUGGGUGGAUGCCGGUCAGACGAGGGCGCCGCCUCCAUGGCCGCUCGCUGUGGCAUCACGGCGUGGAGGGUGUUAUCAGGCUCACCAUAUUAUAAACAGGUCACCAGCUAUGAAGAUGAUGUCCUUGCUUCCCAGAGGAGAGGGCUUUUCCGAAUGCCUGCAUUUCGACUCUUUUCCAGGCAAAACAACGAACAGGACGGUGUGUACAGGAUGAGUGUGUCUCCCGAUGGAGCGAUGUUGGCUGUCAUCCAUUUUUCGGGCGCUCUCAGUGUGUGGGACAUUCCAUCGCUCAAACAGAGGAGCAGCUGGAAGCAGGAAGAGCAGCCUGGCUUUGAGGAGAUUAAUCCGGAGUGGAAGACCUCACUAGAGAAGAGAAAGAAAAUCAGAGAUAAAGAGCAGUAUCAGUCUCUGAUGGACGUGGGAUGGUGGAGCGAUCAGGCUCUGAUUCUGGCCCGCUGUUCCGGUUCUCUCACCGUCUCCUCCGUCCGAGCUCUCACCAAUCUCCUGGGGAAAUCGUGUGAAUGGUUCGAGCCCUCACCCCGAGUCACAUCGGCUCACGAUGGCGGGUUUCUCAGCCUGGAGUGUGAGAUUAAACUGGCUCCGAAGCGUUCACGCCUGGAGAGCAGCGCCUCCGGCGAGGACGACGACGCCGAGGAAGACUCUGAUUCUGACGAGGAGUCGUCCGCGAAGGCACGUUACUUCGGUUACGUGAAGCAGGGCCUGUACUACGUGACCGAGAUGGAGCGCUUCGCUCCUCCGAGGAAGAGACCACGCACCGUCCUGAAAAACUACAGACUGCUCAGCUUGAGGUCUACCACGCCUGAGGAGCUCUACCAGAGGAAGAUUGAUAAUGAGGAAUAUGGGGAAGCUUUGUCUUUGGCACACGUCUAUGGACUGGACUCAGAUUUGGUGUAUCAGAGGCAGUGGAGGAAGUCGUCGGUCAGCAUUGCCUCUAUACAGGACUAUCUGAGUAAGAUAAAGAAGCGCUCCUGGGUGCUACACGAGUGUGUCGAGAGGGUUCCAGAGAACGUGGAUGCUGCCAAGGAGCUCUUACAGUACGGUCUGAAAGGAACCGACCUAGAGGCCCUUAUCGCUAUUGGCAACGGAGAGGAUGGAGGCAGGUUCAUCUUACCGGGCGACGUGGACAUCGAUGAUGCGCCGUACGAAGAUUUCCGGUCGAUGCAGGAAGAAAUGGAGAUAAAACGAGAGAGAGAAGCACAGAAAAGACGAGAUCUACUUAAGAAAGUAGACUUCAGCAAGUUAACGCUGGAGCAGAAGGAGCUGUGUAGAAGCAGACUGAAGCUGCUGUGCUAUUUGGAUCGACUGGCCACAUACGAGGAGAUUUUGGGUGGACCCCAUGCAGCGGAGGAGAGGUACGACUCAGAAUUCUUCAAAAAGUUCCGCAGUCAGAAUAUCGUGCUGUCAGCGAGAACCUACGCCAGGGAGAGUAACGUUCAGGCACUGGAUAUUCUCUUUACUUAUCACGGCUCUGAGUUGCUCCAACAUCGACUAGCUAUCCUGUGCAAUUUCCCAGAAACCACCUCUCCACAUGAGUAUACAGUGCUGCUGCCCGAAGCCUGUAAGGAUGAGAUGUCCAGCGUGGUGUUUAUUCCUUGGGACGAGCAGAGGCACAGGGAUUUGGACUGGUGUGAAGAUCCGCAGUGCAGGACAGCAGUGGAGACAUGCAUGGUGGAUGAUCCUAACUUCCUGUAUGAGCAGCAGCCAGAGUUGGAGCGAUUUUGCACCCCCACUCCAUCCAUCACACUCCUUACUGACUGGUACUUGAGCAGAGCCCAGGAGAUCGAGCACAACUCACGUCAGGUGGACUGUGCACUGUCUCUGUUGCGUCUGGGAAAAGAGCGGGAAAUCCCCGGGCUGGAGCAGCUGGUUGACGACCUGGUUACCAUGGAGACCCUAGUGUACGAGACAUCUUGCGACCUGAGCCUCAGUCUGAGGGAGCUGCGGCAGCUCAGUGACAUCGACAAGCUCCGCCUACUCAUGAAAAAUUCAAGUGUGGAGUCCUAUGUGAAGAACGCCUUCCAGUGGAUGGUACCAUUUCUCCACCGGUGUGAGAGUCAGAAUGAGGGAUCGGCCGUUGCUCUCCUCAGAGAAUACCUGGUGUCCCUCGCUAAGGAGGAUCUGACUCUCCCACUUAAAAUUUUCCAGUAUUCCAAACCAGGCUGUCAGCAGAAGUUUAUUGCCGAUCCUGACCAGCUGAUGUCAGUGGCGUUGGAGUGUAUCUACAGCUGUGAACGAGAAGACCAGCUCGCUCUCAGCUAUGACAUAUUGGAGUGUCUGCCUCAGCGAGGAUAUGGGCCACAGACUGAAACCACAAAAAUCCUGCAUGACCAAGUAGACUCCCUGGAGAAACAUCUCAGUGUUGCUGAGGUACUGGAGAAGCAUGGCCUACAGAAGCCAAUUGCAUUCAUUAGAAACAGUCAGAGCAGCAGGGAGGAGGCUCACCAGCUGAUGGUCAAACUUACCCGCCAUACCGGGCGCAAAAAUCCGCCUGUCAGUGAGAGUGUGUGGAGAGCUCUACUGCAGGAUCUACUGGACAUGCAGCAGAACGUCUAUACCUGCCUGCAGCCUGCCACCUGCCACCAGGUGUUUGUGGAGAGUUUGUUGUGUUCCGGUCGGGAGGAGAACGUGCUCCUGGCUGGUCAGCUGAUGCAGCGAAGCUCCUCAGUCCCGGUUCCCCCAGUCGGACCCGCGUUACGUGUUAAAGCGGCCUGCGUGCCCUAUGCCCAAAGCGUGGACCUGGCGCUGGCCUCUGCCCGAGAGUAUUUCAACUCCUCCGCCACACUCAGCGACCCCUGCAUCAGCCUGGCACGAUCAUGUCUGCAGCUAAUCACAGAUUGUCCUCCUUCUGUCCAAGAAGAAUUAGACCUCAUCAGCGCCCUCUCUCGACUGGAGGACUUCGGGGUUAAAGUCCUGCCUUUACAAGUGCGAUUACGUGAUGACCGCCUCUCAUUGAUAAAGGAGUGCAUCGCUCAGUGUCCCACGGCCUAUAAACAGUCCACUCUGCUGCUGGAGCUGGCCAGGUUGCUUCGGGUCUCGGGUGGUGAUGAAAGCCAGAGGAAGGGUCAGGUCCUCACGCUGUUGGCCGAGCAGGCUCUACAUAAUCACGACUACAAGGCCUCCUACAUUCAUUGCCAGGACCUGAUGGCAGCAGGCUACAGCCAAGGUUGGGAUGUUUGUUCUCAGCUGGGUCAGUGUGAGAGCUACACGUGGCUCACGGCUCGUCAGGAGCUGAUGGCGUUUGCUUUAACCCACUGCCCUCCUGCCAACAUCCAGAACCUUCUAGCAGCCUCUAGCUCUCUGCAAACACAGAUUCUUUACCAGGCAGUGAACUACAAGAUGGACCCGUCUCAAGCCCCGGGAGCAGGGGACGACCAAGAUCAGCAGGCUGCUGCCGGAGGUAGAGGUGGAGGUAAAGUGUCAGGUGUCUCUCAGCCCUCAGCUCUUCUCCAGAGGACAACCGCCCGCACCAUUGAGGUUCUUACCAGCACUACAGUAAACACCAAGGCUGUACUGAACACCAUCAGUGACUCCCAAUGGUGGAAAGACUCCAUCAGUUACCUCCGCCCAUUGCACGGUCAAGAGUCAGAUUUGCACCGCAGUCUGGUUGGAUCGGCCAAUCAGAACGCAGAGCUGGAGAGGCAAGGCUGCAGCUCGUUCUACGAGGAGCUGUUCACCGAUCCAUAUAUCAACCCGAUGGACGAUGUGUACUAUCCCUAUGACUACGUCCCUCAGGAAGACUUUGCAGAAGUUUUGCUCCGCACCGGAAAAUUAGCUGAGACCAAGAGUGAGGGCCAGCAGCUUUUUCCAGCUACUGAAGUUCUGCUCCAGUUGGCUAGUGAUGCCUUUCCCAGGGACAUGACACUGGCGCUGGCCUAUUUGCUUGCUCUUCCCCAGGUGUUGGAUGCAAACUCAUGUUUUGAGAAGCAGCCUCCGUCUGCUCUGUCUCUUCAGCUGGCCGCGUAUUACUACUCUCUCCAGAUCUACUCCCGCCUGGUGCCCUGCUUUAAGGACAAGUGCAGCCCUUUGUACAGGGCUGAUCCGAAGGAGCUGAUUCGCCUCGUGACCAAGCAUGUGACUGACCACGAAGGUUUUGAUUGGGAGGACAAGGAGCUGGAGGCUCUGAUUGGCCAGCUGCGGCUAUACAGCGAGCGUCUGACGGAUUUCACUCAGGCCCAGGUGCUGCGGGGUCUCGGCCGAGGAGUGGACGUGCAGCGCUUCAGCAACGAUAGCCACUACAAAAAAGAGACCAUCCUCGGGCUGGCUGAGACUUUAGAUGAGAGUGUGUAUGGGAUCUCUCGCUCCUUGGCUCAGCGCUACAGUAUUCCACUAUGGGAGGUGUAUAUGACGCAUCUCGAGUUCCUCUUCACUGACAGCGGCCUCACCACUAAGGAGAUUGAGACCCGUAGUGCGUCCUUGGGCCUUUUCCAGACCCUGAAGACUGAACCCCAGGCCUUCUACACACACAUGAGCAAGUACGUGUACCCAGGCAUUGCGGGCGUGGACCUGCAGCGUCUGCUCUACUACUACACACUACUGGAGAGCUGCUCGUGCACCGACUACCUUCCUUCAUCCACCAUGACGCCCGACACGCACGUCAAACUGCUGAAGAAGCUGAAGGCUGUGGCCAGCGGCCUGGACUAUAAGAAGCUGACGGAUGAAGACUCGGAUCCUCUUAAAGCUCUGGAGCCGGUGCUGAGCAGCCAGAACGUUCUAUCUAUCUCUAAACUGGCAUCUCGGAUUCCUCAGAAGGCAGGCGGUGCUCUCACGCCCAGCACCGUGCACGCUACAUGGCUUCCCAAACUCUUCUGGCAAGGCGAUGCCCACAUCCUGAAGAAGUCUCCUCAGUCAGAUCAGGACUUCCUUCACACCUACGACACCUGCGCCAAAUACCUCGACCGACUCGUGCCUUUAGAUGCUAUUCGCUUCCUGGAUUCCAUCACCUUUUCCCCAGAAGCGAUAAAUCAGCUCUCUGUUGAGGCCAGAACAGAGAUCACGAGAAGGGCUCUAAAGGCUCUGAAGAUCAUCAGUGAAAGGAGCAGAAAAAGGGGUGGAGAUGAUGGGGCUCAUGACCACGCCUUUGAUUUUAGCCAUGCUCUCACUCACCUGCAGCAGUCUCUCAACCAUCUGGAGACUCUCAACCAGCCUUUCCCACUGUCACUCAGAAACAGCCAGGAGGCGCGCCUUCAAGACUACAGCAGAGCUUUUGACCUCUCCAGAGCAGAGGAGGUCAAAGUUCACCAGCUGGCUGUUACUAUGGCGCUGGAUGGACAGCCGUUGGAGCAGAUUGAGAAGCUGCUGGCAGUCGCCGUGGGGACGAGCGGCCUAUCAGUGCACGGCGUGGUGCAGGACUCUGUGGCGCGGAUCAUCUCCGCACUCAGCGGUGAUGAGGCCAUCCUGAAGGAUUACACAGACCCGCUGAAAGUUCUGGAAGGCAUCGUGAAGGCAGUGCAAGAUGACGUGCAAGGCGGGGGCCAUGCGGUGUCAUCAGAGGACCUGUUGGCAUGGUUACGGCCGUUCUGUGGGGAUGACUCGAAGCCUGUGCGAGUAAGGAUCGAAGUGCUGCAGAUUCUGGAACAUUCCUUCAGCCUCAGCGAGCAGGACGUCCGUCUACUGGUGCUGUUCAGGAGCCAGGCAGUUCUCAAAGCCUGCUGGCCUAGCCGAGAGUGUGACAUGAAGGAUAUUGAGGAUGAGGCUCGGCGUUACUCGCUCUUCCUGGAGCUGCUGGAGUCGAGUCAAAAAUGGGAGGAGUUUCAGCACCUCAUGCUCCUCCUACAGGCGUGGCCACCUGUGACUGACAAGAGCAGACUGGAGUCCGAGGAGAACCCGUGGGUGCGUGUGACCUCAGCCGUGCUCACACACUGCUCUACCGGGUUGAAGGGCGGCGUCGGACAGGAGAUUCUCGCCAUGUGCCGCUCGCUGUACGCGACCAAGCACAAACCGAAUCCUCAGUGUAUUGGACACAUCUCUUCUCUGCUGUUGAAGAGCGGACUCAAACUAGCAGCGUUAAAGCUGAUGGCUGAGAGCAAAGACGAGCAGCUUCUUACUCUGACUCUGGAUCAAAUCAAAAGCAUCACCUCGGUGAGUGAGGAGUGUUGUGACUCGGAGCUGUUGACUCUGUUGUUGGAUGCGGGUGUGUUGGUGCAGUGUGUGAACUCGGCUCUGUAUCCGCUGCUCGUCUCCCACAUGCUGUCUCAGGGUUCGUGGGACGUAGACGCCGCCGCACGCCAGCUUCAGCAGGCCGGACACCAUGCCCAGGCCGGCUCCCUGCUGCUCGCCCACCGCGGUGCCCACCCGGCCCUCACCACCUUCAACACCGCCCUCUCUGUCCUGCGCAAGUGGAUCUAGUAAAAGUUUCUUCUUCUGCUUCUGCUUAUUAUUAUUAUUAUUAUUAUUAUUAUUAUUAUUUAUCAGAGGAUAAAGAAGUUUGGAAAGGGGACGCAUGAAUUUUUUAUUAGGAUUAAUAAGAUUAAAUGAUACACAAAUGAAAGAUCUGUAUUUAGAAACCAGCGAUUAAUUAAAGAUGAAACGAUCUUCUAAAGACUCCGCUGUGGCCAUUAAAACUUUAUCAAGGCCACAGAUUUGCAUUAUUUACUGCUCAGAACUGAAGACAUCUGAACUCUUAGAGAUGCCGAGUGAGGAACCAGGGACGAGACGAUCUAUCUGUACAUCUAUCCAUCUAGUUUCCUCUUUCUGUUCCUCUGUUUUCCUGCCGCUUUCUUUCCCCUUCCCUCCAUUCAUCCAUUCUGUCACUUCUCUUUCAUUUCAUUCAUUUCCUCUUAUUCUGUUGGCGCUCUCUUCUCUUCCCCUUUUCCUUUCAUGAAUCCAGCUUUCCUUGAUUGACCCCUUUUCCUGUUUCCUUUCAUUCAAGUCUCCUUCUGUCUCUUGUUUCCUCCCUCUUUCAUUCCGCGUCCUUCCGUUCUCCUUUCAUUCCUAGUCGUCUUCCGUCCCUCACUUCUCUACCCUUUUCCUCUCCACUUCCUUCCAUAGUUCCGCCUUUCCUUUUCCUCUGUCUCCGUUCGCUCGGCUCUCCUUCCUUUAUUUGCUCCUUUUCCUCUGUCUGAUUUUUAAUUCCGUUCUCCUUCUGUCUCUCUUUUCCUCCCUUUUUCAUUCUACUCCCUUUCAAUUCUUCUAUCCUUCCCAGUUUUCUUCCUUCCCUUCGGUCUCUCGCUUGUCUUCCCGUUUGUCUCGCCCCCUUCCUUUUACAAAUCCUGUAUUUUCGUUCUGUCCUUUUUCUGUCUCUCUUUUCCUUCCUGUUCUGUUCUACUUCCUUCCACUCUUCCAUCAUUCCCUUCUGUCUCCCUUCCUUCAUCUCUUACUUCCUUCCCCCUAUUUCUCACUCCUCCCUUCUGCUCUACCACUCUUCCAUCCAUCCAGUCAUUCUCUCUCUCUCUCUCUCUCUCUCUCUCUCUCUCUCUCUCUCUCUCUCUCUUUCUUUUUGACACAGUUUGAUGUGAUGGUAAUCACAUUACUCGGGCUGUUUAACCACACUAACCCACUCUAAUGCUCAUUACAGGACACAGUUCUAAUUGAAAACACGACCCACAUGCCAAGCGUGUGCUUUUCUUUCAGUUCUAUGUGUCAUCUAUUCAUCCUCUUUUUUUUUUUUCUUCUUAAUUACACUGUACACAGGUCACACGAGAGCCUCAGGCAGCUGCACGUUGCUGUAUUGUCGAAGCCGACACACACACACACACACACACACACACACACACACACACACACACACACGUGUUGCGGAAUUGACCAGUAGUGACGGAUAGCGUUGGCUUCAGGUGUCUUUUUUGAUUUAUUAAAGGUUAUCCAGUGUAUCAGAGCUGUGUUCCAAUCCAGACUGACCCACACACUGGGUUUGUGUGUUUCCCCUUUACAGACUGUAGCUCUGGAUAAUAUAUUAGCGAAUAAAGAAUUUAAAAAAAUGAAAUGUUGUUUUGACUGGUUUAUUUCAUCCUCUAGUAAAGAAGGUAGACAGAGUUAUUAACCGAGAGGUUAUGAGUUCAAAUCCCAGAUCUCAGGCCUGCCACAGAGGUACAGUCACCUUCACAUGGUAUAAUACAUCUGUUCAGUGAAAACAUUUUUCAAAAUGCACAGCUACCUGCUACCUAGCAGAGCAAAGAAAAAAAAAUGACUAUAUGACCGUAGCAUGUUGAGUGAAGGGCUCGAGGACAAAACAAAUUUAUUGUUGAAACGAUAUUUUAUUGCAAUCUGCAGAAAUGUUUGGAUUGUUGAGAUAGCCGAGAGUAUAAACUUCUUUUAUAC